AUGCAAAGUCAACGAUGGGUGUUCACGUCGCCCGGCGGCGAAGACGAGUACAAAAAGCCUUCGGUCACCAGGGAACAUUACACCGCAGCCGUGGUCCGACAAAAGGAAUCCGCCAACGAAAUCGACCGCAAAAGACGGGAUCUGGAACAGUUCAUGUGGCGAACCAUGACCGAUAGGGUUUUAAACGAAAUGAAUGAAAAGCGUCAAACGGCCGCGGAAUACGGCCGACCCGCUUGUCAAACGUCUUACUGCGAGUCUUAUGGCACAACGGGAUUCCGCGUUAAAGAACUGGGUACCGAAAUCGAUCAAGAGCUUGAAAGUAAGUAUCCACUUUACACUGACACCGCAAAAUCCGUCCAUUUAAGAGAAAUCGAGAAGACAAAAAAAAAAGAAGCAAUUCACAAACCACUUUCAGACGUAUUCAAACGGGAUAGCCGUUUUACUAGUCGCUUAAGCAAUCCACAAGAUACCCAUGCACUAGCACCUCCAGGACAUUAUGCGUAUGUUUAA